AUGAAGUUUUCUGUCUCGCUUGUUUCCUUCUCGCUCGUUGUCGCUGGACUCGUGGAGGCCGCCCAUAUCAGCAACCUGCAGCACCUCAAAGCCGCGCAAAAAGUUGGUCUCCGGCGCCGUGGCGGUCCAUCCGCAACUUACCCUGGCACAGUGACUGCGACCGCAACUACCUCUAGUGCUGCGCCGUCCAGCACUCCCACCAAUGGCUCUAGCUCGCCACUCCCUGGUGGUAUCAAGCGUGGACUCUCGUUCAAUGACGCGUCGCUGACUGAGCAAUUCACUUCGAGUCAAGUCAGCUGGGCAUACAACUGGGGUCAGACCUACUCGGGUAGCAUACCCGAGGGGGCGAUGUUUAUCCCUAUGCUCUGGGGGGACUCUAGUUCAUUCACAUCGACCUGGUCUGCAAACGCCCAGGCAGCCAUCAACAACGGCUCUAAGGUUCUCUUCUCGUUCAACGAGCCUGAUGACUCCUCGCAGGCCAACAUGACGCCGCAGGAGGCCGCAAGUGCGUGGAUGCAGUACAUGGAGCCUUUCGCAGGCAAGGCGACACUCGUGUCUCCUGCGGUCACGAAUGGCGGCGCUCCUAUGGGCGAGACAUGGCUCGACCAAUUCGUGAGCGCAUGCAGUGGCUGCACGAUCGACGCGUUUGCGAUGCACAUUUACGACUCGGCAACAAACGAGGCGUACUACCAGUCAUACAUCUCCGGCUUCGUUCAGAAGUAUGGGAAGCCUGUUUGGGUGACUGAGUUUGGCGCGACUGGCAACUCUUCGCAAGUUCAAACAUUCUUGAGCAGCAUGGUGUCCUACCUGGACAACCUGGACGGCCUGGCAGCCUACGCGUGGUUUAUGGACGAAGUUGGAAACUUGGUCAACAGCGACGGCAGCCUCACGUCGCUUGCGGAGGCUUAUGUGGCCUAG